CAAUACUUACGCCAGCCGUUGUAGUUAUUUUUUCGCGCGUCGUUCGGAAGUGCUGCUUCUUUUUUUCAUAUAACUAGUUCACUUUUGACUUAGUCUCAUAUUUGCACUAGGGAAAAAAACUUCAAUAGAUUAAGACUGCUAUUUCGCAUUCAUACAGUAACUCGUAUGUUAGCUAACUAGGCGACGUUAAGCUAACUGGAUCAGGAGCAGGCGACGUUAGGAAGCUAGGCAAACAACUAUAGUUAGUCUAACUUUAGAUUAUGUUCGACGUUAUUGUGUCUGUUCACGCAGGAUAGAAGAUAUCCGUCAUAAUGUCGUUUAGCGCGGUUCACGGAACACUGUCGAGCCUGAAGUCAUGUCAGGCCGACAUCGGGACGGGGAUGGACAUAGUAACAGACGUGGCUAUGGACCUGGCGGAAUCACAGGAUAAAGACGUGAACCCUGCAAUCGACGAGAUGAGGGCUAUGAUUCUGGAGUGUGCCAAGCUGGACAGGGAGAUUAACUGCUUUGUUGACAUCGUACAACAAGUCACAACAAAGGUUACUACACAGCAGCCAGAGGCAAUGUUCAGCAUGUGUGCCAAAGUGAAGGAGCAGUUCACAGAGAGGACAGCCAGGCUCUCUGACGCCGACCUGCAGAAUCACCCCAAACUCGUGGCUUUCAAGGAAAGCAUCAAGAGCUCGCUCAACCAAGCCAACCAAGAGCCAGCAGCGAACACGGAAGAGCUCGACGAGGACAUUGUUGUUUCACAGAGCCAGGUCAACUUCACCUGCCCGCUCACACAGGUGGAGAUGGUGAACCCGGUUAAGAAUAAAAAGUGUAACCACCACUAUGACGAAGGAGCCAUACUGGGCCUCAUCAGAACAAGACACAGCCAGAAAAAGAAAUGCCGCUGUCCUGUGGUGGGCUGUGAGAACACAGAUGUGAGCAAGUCGGAUCUGAUUCCUGACCAGCUGCUGAGGAGAAUGAUCCAGAGCCAGAAGAGGCAGGGCAAACGGAUAUAGCACUCUACAUUUUUACUGGCAGAGUCAAGUUAGAGUUUAAGAAGAGAUGACCUGUUUGUGUUUCAGCUGGAGCAUUUUGUUCACUCCAGACUUGUUGAAUGUAAAUAAAAGCUGCACCUUUUCACAAAUGCGUAACACCAAACUUGUAUUUGUAACUGGGAGCGUGUGGGUAGAUCAUUUUUCAAAUAUUUUGCUGCCUACAUGAUGCAGCAAGUUGUCAGAACCACAAGAGGGCGGUGUCUGCAGGAGGACACAGGAUCCAUGUAUCCUGCAGAGCCAGAACAGAAAGCAUG